GUUGCUAAAGCGCGCAUGCGCAGUGCGUUUGCUGAAGUUUGGAGUGAUUCGUGGAAGUUUUAGAUUUGGAGGAAAAGCAGCGCUACUGAAAAUCGCUAACUUAUAAAAUGGCUUUUCGCAGGAGAAACAAGAGUUAUCCUUUCUUCAGCCAAGAGUUUCUCAUUCAGAAUCACGCGGACAUUGUGUUUAGUUUGGUGAUUUUCAUUUUGAUUGGACUUAUGUUUGAGACAACAGCGAAAACAGCCAUUUUAUUCAUCCAGCCUCAGUAUAACAUCAGCACCAUGAGCGCAGAUGGAGAGGUGACUCUGUAUCUUUACGGAUGGAAAGACUGUGCCACUGUCCUCUUCUAUCUUUGUAUCACCAUCAUCCUUCACGCAGUGGUGCAGGAGUAUGUGCUAGAUAAAGUAAACCGGCGUCUUCACUUGUCAAAGAGUAAAAACACAAAGUUUAAUGAAUCUGGGCAGCUGUGUGUGUUUUAUCUGGUGUCCAGUUUAUGGAGUCUCUACGUCAUCGCCACAGAGGGAUACCUUCUGCAUCCCAGCAGCCUUUGGGAGAAUUAUCCUCAUGUUCACCUGAGGUACAUACACACACAAACACAAAGCAUGCAUCUCAUGAAAACUGAGGAAAUCCCGCGUCAGCUGCAGUACAUAAGUCUUUAUCUCUUACACAUUCUGGCUGCAUAUCUGUUAAACUUGACGCGGGUCGGGCUGGUGUUGUUGUUUCUGCAGUAUCUCUCUGAGAUGGGUUUCCAUCUGUCUCGACUGUUUUACUUUAUUGAUGAAAACCACCACAAAAUGUUUGAGAUGUGGUCCAUCGGGUUCGUCCUGACCCGUAUGAUCACUCUGACUCUGAUGUUCCUGGCUGUGGGCUUCGGUUUGGCUCGUUCGGAAAACCAGACACUUGAUUUGGAGGUGGGAAACUUCAACACUCUUUCUAUAAGGCUGCUGGUGUUGUUCGUGGUGUGUUUCACUCAAUCAUGGCUGCUCUGGAAGUUCUUCCGUUUCCAGCUGAGCCGGACGCGUGAGCUGAGACUGGAGCAGGUGGCCCGGAAGAGAGUGGCCGCUAAACAACAGAUGCAGCGUACUCUGAAACGCGAUUCAGUUGGUUACUAUGAGAAUGGACUGAUUAAAGCAGAGAACGGCACAUCCCCUCGUCUCAAGAAGAUCAAAGCGCCGUAAACUUCAGCCCCAUUCUAGCGCAUGGCCUCCACACAUCGAGGGCACAGGAACAGGAAACAGCUCAUCUGCCUGCUGCUUCCCGUUUCCACAUCAAGAGAAGUGCAUGUGGCGUUUCUUAGAGUGACGACAGCACCCUCAACAGGCUCUGGUCAACGUACUAAACUUCUCUUUCCAGUUUCAGUAUUCAUGUUAUUUCUUCUGCAUAUGUUUCUAAACUUCACUCAGUCUUUCUUUAUUAAAGCGCUGUUUUGAGGUUAGUUUUAUUUUUCUGUGUCUGCAUGUUUUGAGGUACAAAAGUGGUGACUACGGUGGCCUAGAAAUGACAUUUAUUGAGAUGAUUUAAAUCUGAGGUGUUGUUGUGAGAUCAAAAGAUUUACAUGACAAUCAAAAAAAACCGGCAAAGAAACAAUGGAAAAUCAUGUUUGAGGUAGGAACAAGUGUUGUAGUAGUGAAAUGACCCUGAACACACAGCGCAAACUCACUCAGUUUGGCUUUGUACGUUUAUGCAGUUUGAUAUUUGAUUGUAUAUGACGAUGCUUUAUAAAUAUUGAACCUUUUUGAAUAGUGACAUUUUUAAUGUGUUCUGUCUUUGCAGAAAAAAUUCAGCAUUUAUGUUUAUUUCAUCAUAUCAACUGAUAAUGGAUGG